UGUGGGGUGGAAAUGCUCCUUCUGCAAACAGGACAGAAUCGUGGGGCUCCAUCCCUGUGCUGAGCAGCUGGAAAAGGCUGGAAGGGUGAGAUGCCAACAGCAGCAUCUGAGGGCUCUUUGGGUAGGCACCCCCUUCCUUUGGGGGUCCCAGUUGUUCUGGAGGUGCUGAACCCAGAGGCAUUGCAAGAGAGCAGCCCAUCUCUCCCUGUGAACCUGGAGCUAUGUGAAGCAGCUGGAGAAUUCUGCCUCGUUGCUGGCUGUGUAUGGGUGAGAUGAACCCUGGCCUGUCUACAUCAGCCAUCAGCUCCAGGGUAGCUGGAUGUGCAGAACACAAAUUUGCUUUACACUCAAGGGGUUUUCUUUUCUUGCUGGUGGAAGCUGAGCCAGCUCUCAGUGCAGGGAGGAAUCUUGCCUCAUAUGUCUCUGUCUGAUCUGAUCUCCCCCUUUCCCUCCUUCAAGAAGAGAAUUUCCUGUUAGCAGCUGGGGUCUCCAGCCAACUUGUAUUGUUACUGCAGAGAAGGAAGUACAUAUUUUUAACAGGCUGUGCCCAGCCUGUGUGGCCAGUGCUACCUCGCUGUGCUGAUGAGGGGGAGAGCUGAAGGGUGACACAUUCAGGCCAGGCAUUGAAACCUCAUGGUUUCUGGAGGACUGAUGACCUGAUAAUAAAGAGAUCCAUCCCUUCAAGGCUAUUUGAAAAUAGAGAAAGGUCGUAAAAAUGCUUUUUGUCUCUGCUUCUUCUGCAUAGAAACCCAGAAAUUUAAGCAGAGGCCUGUUCUGUCUCCUUCUGAAUGUGGACAGGCAUGUUAUAUUGCCCCGUGUAGGGUGCAGCCCACCAGAACCAUCUUUAUUUUAGCACCAGCAGGAAAAAGCAGCCCAAGCCCCGGUGCGUGGGGAGAGCUGCAGCCCUCACAGCCCUGCGUGGUGAGCCUGGCUGGAGCUGCUGGCAGAGCAGGGUUUGUGUCCAUGGCCACCGUGGCUGCCCAGCCUGGUGCUGAGGCCCCUUCUCGCCUCCUGCUGCCACACGGGGUCUGCCUGCUCUGCAGAGAGGUAGAAAUCACUGCCUCGUCCCCCCUCUUUUCAUGUCACUGUCCCCUUAGGUGAGCGGGGAGGAAUGGAGAAGCCUUGAGGAAAUGGGGAUCGGACCUGUCCUGUUACAGCCUCUGCCAAGGGAGCCCAGGAGAGCCCGUUCUUCACGUCCCUUGGCUGCACAUGUGGCAGAGGCCAAGGGGGGGGCAGAACAAAGGCAGGUCUGAGCGCGGGGACACGGCGCCAGGUGUGUCCUGUCCCUUCCCUGGCCCUUCCCUUCUCGAGUUCUGCAGGUUGACGGGAGGGUGGGAAGGCAGCCAGGCACACCCAGCUCUCCGAGGCAGUAAAAUGAUCCCUCUUUUGCCCUUGGGCCAAGCCCAGCUUUUCUAACGGAUAAAAGGAGAAGCAGUCAGGAGAACUCCUCACUUCCCUGAUCUCCAGCACAGCUUCCCUGAGCCUGUGAAGGGUGGGGGAUCCUGCAAACACCCUCGGAGCAGCCAUGUCCCGGUCUGUGAGUUUCAGCUCUCGCUCUGUGGCCGUCCCAGGGAUCAGCCAAGUGCGGGUCAGCUCUGUCUCCUCGACCCGUGGAGGGAAUGCCAGCUUAGGCAGAGCAGGUGGCUUUGGCAGCUCCAGUCUCUACAACCUUGGCUCCUCCAACAAGCGGAUCUCCCUGGGCGGCGGCAGCUCCUACAGCGUUCGCUCUGGAUAUGGCUACGGAGCCUCCAUGGGAUUCGGGGGGCCCCUCAGCCCCGGGGGCAUUCAGGAGGUCACCAUCAACCAGAGCCUCCUGACACCCCUGAAUCUGGAGAUUGACCCCAAUAUUCAGCGGGUGCGCAAGGAGGAGAAGGAGCAAAUCAAGACCCUCAACAACAAGUUCGCCUCCUUCAUUGACAAGGUCCGUUUCCUGGAGCAGCAAAACAAAAUGCUGGAAACCAAAUGGAGCCUCCUCCAGGACCAGAAGACUGCCCGGAGUAACAUUGCUCCCAUGUUUGAGACCUACAUCAACAACCUGCGGCGUCAGCUGGAUGGGUUGUUGAAUGACAAAGGCCGUCUGGAGGGUGAACUGAAGAACAUGCAGGAUCUUGUUGAGGAUUUCAAAGCCAAAUACGAAGAUGAAAUCAACAAGCGCACGACGGCAGAAAACGAGUUUGUGGUGCUCAAGAAGGAUGUGGAUGCUGCCUACAUGAACAAAGUGGAGCUGGAGGCCAAGGUGGAUGCUCUGACAGAUGAGAUUAACUUCCUGAGGUCUCUCUACGAAGCGGAACUUCAGGAGCUGCAGGCCCAGAUCUCUGACACAUCUGUGGUGCUGUCUAUGGACAACAGUCGAAACCUGGACCUGGACAGCAUCAUUGCAGAGGUCAAAGCCCAGUAUGAGGAGAUCGCCAACAGGAGCCGGGCUGAGGCUGAGUCCUGGUACCAGAGCAAGUACGAGGCCCUGCAGGUCACUGCUGGGAAGCACGGCGACGACCUGCGCAACACGAAGAACGAGAUCUCGGAGAUCAACCGCAUGAUCCAGAGGCUGCAGGGGGAGAUUGAGAGUGCAAAGGCCCAGCGUGCCAAGAUGGAAGCAGCAAUUGCUGAGGCCGAGGAACGUGGCGAGUUGGCUGUCAAGGAUGCCAAGGCAAAGCUGGAGGAGCUGGAGACAGCCCUGCAGAAAGCCAAGCAGGACAUGGCCCGGCAGCUCCGGGAGUACCAGGAGCUGAUGAACGUCAAACUGGCCCUGGACAUCGAGAUUGCCACCUACAGGAAGCUGCUGGAGGGCGAGGAGAGCAGGUUGGCUGGUGAUGGAGUUGGCAACGUCAACAUCUCCGUGAUCAGCUCCAGCGGGGGAGGCAGCUACGGCAGUUCCAGUGGAUUUCUGGGAGGAGGAAUGGGAGGAGGCCUCAGCCUGGGGUCAGGCAUGGGCAGCGGGGCGCUCGGCUUCUCCUCCGGGGGCAGCACCAAGUCCUACAGCAUCACCACAACCUCAUCCAGCAGGAGAAGCGUCAGGAAGUAAAGACAGAGAUGGAGACGAGUGGUCCCCGUUACGCGGGAGGAGGGAAACCAUACACAGGAAAGUUUUGUUGCCUUUUAUGGGAUGAAUUGGCUGCAAAAUUUCUGCAGUGAUGAAUGAAUUGGAAUGAGACACACCAGAGUACCUGACCCUGCCACAUCACACCUGAGGCUUGAUCCUGCACUUUUGAACUUAGUGGGAACCAUUCCACUGAGAGCAGGUUCAAGCCUGUAGGGUGAAAUUUAUCCAGUGAAGCAGGUGGGAUAACACUUUUGUUACUUGUGUGCUUGGUACCCCCUGCUCAGGGCUGGAUUUCACCCUUUGAAGGACAAAGCCAUCAUCUGAGUGGCAAGUUCUUCCACACUUCUGCUGGGGUUUUGAAAAAGAGACCAUAAGAUUAUCUCCCUCUUAAUAUGAUUUGGAAGACUUUACUCCCUUGAGCUCCUCAGAAACUGCCAGUCCUUGUUAAGAUUUCAGCCUGGGGUUUUUUUAAAGUAUAUCAAGAAGAAAACAUUGCAACCAUUCGGGGUUUCUCCUAACUUCCUUUGGAAAUGGGCUCAGAAAUGGAAUUCUGAGUUCAUUAAUUCAGUUCAGCAGUUCUCUGAAUGAAGCUGAUUUCUUACCAAAGGCAGUGCAGGCAGAUUUACUUUCAGAUUCUUUAUAGUGAAAUAACUCCUAAACAAGCUCCCCUGCCCAUUCCCUCUCCUUAAGAGGCCCAGAGGGGUAUGAAGUUGCAGAACAUUCUAAGUAACACACCACAGUGGGAGAUAACAUUCCCCAUCCUUGGGUGUCUCUGUUUUCCACCCCUGUUUCAAAGCGUAUCUGGUGAUAUCUGGUGUCUUCACUGCAGCCUGUUUUGUUGAUGCAUCAUUACAAUAACUCCUUGUUCCUGCCAAAAUGUGUCUUCAACUUAAACAUGCCAGGGAAAAUAGUCAUGUCAUUCCUGCAGUAGGAAGCAUUGUUAGGUAAAUAACUGAAAUAAACUGCCCAGAACUGGUGCUCA